GGCAGGCGUAGUAUUAAAACCGCUUGUCCUCUAAGCCGCUGCAUUGGGGAUUAACGUUAGUUGUUAGCAAUAGCAGCAAAGACCGUUGCCUGACGUUAGCUAGCCUAGCUAACAGUUACAUGUUUUAACUCCAGGAUAUCAGGUGCCGUUACCCUUUCCUCUGUCCGCUUUGACUACACAAGGGUCCAACCAGCGACCCAUUCACUUUCUUAGUCUAACUAGUUAACUAUUCUAGCUAACCGUUAAAACAAGCAAGCUAUCGAUUUGUGCUAAAUCUUGGACACGGACGGGAAAUUCGCAGAUGCGAAAUGAAGAACUAUGAACAUAGCUAACGUUAGCCGAAGAACCGACGGGGAUGAAAGUUGAACCUCAAAAAGUAGUGUGAGGUUGGCUUGGUGACACAUCUGUACCGCUGGCCGGAACACUGCCGAGAGGAAGCGUUCCUGAAACAGGAAGUAGAGACUGGAGUGCUGCGGACAGGAAGUAGAGAUCCUGAAACAGGAAGUAGAGACGCUGGUGCACCUGGCGCUCAAACACUCGGCAACAUGUCAGAUGCCAUCCUCACUUUCCAAGUGCAGCUCUCCGCUGUCAUGGAGACGGUGCUGAAGUCGGCCAUGUAUGAGAUCACCCGGCUGGUGGAGGACAGCUUCCUGGAGGAAGUGGCUCGGAGCAAACAGGAAGUGGAGGCCUUGAGGCAGAGGCUGCAGUGGUGGGAGAGCCGGCGCAGGGAGCGAGAGAGCGGCGGGCGAGCGAGGUGUGUGGACUGCGGCAGAGCCGGAGUUUCCAGCCUGGAGACGGAGAACCCGCCCUCAGGAACACCGUCUGGUGUGGAGGAGGGCCGUGGUCUGAAGCAGGAGAAGGUUCCAGAGGGGAGCUGGAGCAGCUGUUCGGGGGGAACUCAGAAUGCCCUGGAGGAAGAGGCCACGCCCAGCUCCCUCAGAGACCUGGAUCUGAGCAGCACAACGCCCACAGAUUCGGACGGGGAAAGGCCAGACUCCCUGCUGAAGGAGGAGGGGGAGGAGCCACAGGAGAUGAGUGGUGGUGACGACGUCCAGGGAAAAUGGCUGCUGUGUCCGGAGGGAGAGACUCUGCCAGGAGCCGAAGGAGCCCCUCCUCUUCCUCUCAGUAAGGGCUGUGGAGAGCCAGAGUGGAGCCCUGCUGUGAGGCAGGACACAGCGCCCUCUUCAGACAGCCUCCUGGCAGAGCAGAGCAGCAGAGCGGCCGCCGGGGAGAGCUGUGGCUCGUACGAGUCGCAGGGACAGGAAGGCUCCGCCCGCAGCCUCAGUCUGGCUGGGCCUCAGCGCUGCGGCAGACACUGGCAGCGCCCGGCCUGGACCCCCUUUAAACUCGGGGACAGUGACAGUGAGCCAGACGGGCUGGGAGAGCUGCAGCAGGGGGCGGAGUUCAGUGGGGACGCUGGCGAAUCGGACGCUCAGGCGGCCUGCGCUACAUUGCAGCCCGCCAGUGAGCACUCGCCCGGCCCCCGGCCCCCGAACGCCGCCCCCAACAUGGCAGCCAUUAAGCAGGAGGUGGGGGCAGCGUCGGCCUGGGGGGGGCGGGCGGACCCCGGGGACGUGUACCCGCAGCUCAGACAGCCCGCGGCCGAGGCGCAGGGUCAUAAGGGCACAGACCCGCCGGCCCUCAGGAACUGCGUCAGCCGCCACGAGCAGCUCCCUAAAGCCGCGAGCUCACAGCCCAAACCGCCGGGGUGUGUCCCGUCAGCAAGACACGCCCCCGUCAGAGCGACUGACAGGACGGGGGCUGUGACCCACAGCUCCGCCGGCGUGUACAGUAAGGCUUCUGCCGUCUCCAGGAGCGCUCAGGCGCACCCCCGCGCGCUGGCCGGGGAGCGGAGGCCGGGGUCUGCGCAUUUCGGGAAGGGCGUUGCUCCGGUCCUCAGCGUGCGGUCCCACCUGCGGCCCAACAUGGAGCGCACGGGCCACAGCUGCACGCAGUGCGGGAAGAGCUUCUCCCACUUCUCCCACCUCAAAGCGCACCAGCAGACCCACACCGGGGAGCGGCCGUUCUGCUGCUCUCUCUGCGGCCGCAGCUUCACCAAGCUCAGCAACCUGAAAGCACACCGCCGCGUGCACACCGGCGAGCGGCCCUACAGCUGCACGGAGUGCGGGAAGCGGUUCACUCAGAAAUGCAACCUCAAGCGCCACCAGAGGAUACACACGGCUGAGAGGCUGUUCAGCUGUAAGUAGUGGCCUCUGUCGUACAGCGUUACACACGGGCGGACACACGCCCUUUCAGCAUCUCCACAAAGAACAAACAUUUUUUGGGCCUUGACACUUUCUGUAGGAAAAUUACAUCAUCAAGCUCCCUGUGCCUCCCUUCUGCUCGCCUCGGCUGGCUCAAACUGGCUCAAGCUGGCUCAAACUGGCUCAAACUGGCUCAAACUGGCUCUACAGGGGACGCAAGCGAUCAGACGCACUUCAGCCAUUUUGUCUCCCAACUGCACAUUGACAACCUUUUAAACACUCGGGACAGAGUAUAUUUUAUUAAACUCAUCCUUUAUAGACCCAUGUUGCUUGGCUCGACAUGAAAUUUCACACAAAGAUUAAUUUAAUUAGUCAAAACGCUAGACAUCGACUUCUUUUGCUGGCUUCUCAUUGAAGUUCCAGUGAAAAGUGUUUAAACACACGGCAGAGGAGGGAGUGUUAGUCUACAGGAAGCUACGACAAGUGCUGUCUGCCAUGAUAUGGUACUUUUCUCUUCUGUAAUCCUUCAUCUAAAACAGAGUUUGGACUCAUACUUCUGUCUCUGAGAAAUGUACGACACACUUAUAUUCCUCUGAUAUUGCCAGAGGCAGCAAAUCAGUCUAUUAAAGUAAUUAUGUUGAGAAUAGAUGCGUCUUCCUCAGGCAAAAAUAAGAUACAAAUGAAUAAAAAUAUCUGAAACUAAA